UAAUGUCAAUGGAAAUCGCGGGAAAAAAUAAUGAAUCAUGAAGAGGUCGGCUGCUCCAUCUGUUCUGGGUUCUGCUAGUAAAAGGGCGACUUUCUCUACUCCGUGGUCUACCAAAUGCAACAAAAUAUCAUCUGAUGACACUGAUAAGGAGGCUGGAAGGGUUGUGAAAGAAGGACAUAGCAGUGUAUUACAGAGUGCUCUUCUCUCAUUACGUCAACAAACUGACCACACCCCCUCAUUAGAGCAACCAACAGACAGACAUAGUAUCAUUGUUAAACCAACUAGCAAUGACAUUGCUCUCAGUACAAAAACUUCUUCCUCUACCACUUCUGCUGCUACUUCUGUUACCUCUUUCUCCCCUCUCCCCUCCUCCUCCUCUUCUAUGGCUACCAGUAAAAUGAUUCAUAAGUUUACUGUGCCCUCUGUGUCAUCAUCAUUUGUGUCUCCAUUAACAAGUGCUUCAACUCCAUUAGUUAAUACAGCUCAGUCUUCGUCUACUGAUAAUGUGACCAGUCAUUAUUAUAAAGUUAUGUGGUGUAAAUUGACUAAGAAGAAGCACAAAACUUGGGAAGGAGAUGCUAUAUUGGUGACAUGGGGUAGAUCUGUUACUCUUAAAGACAUGGAGGGAAAAGAGUAAGUAUUAUGAUACAUGUCUGAAAUUUUGAAGAGAUUAGUUUUUACUGUUGACAAAGCAAAUUAAUUUUAAUCUGA